CUCUAUAUGGCAACACUCUACUUCGAAUGCUCACGGAGGAAACUUUCGAAGUUUUGAUCUUUCGAGUUUAUAAGUUUAUAAAUGGUUUUGUUGUCGAUAUAAAUAAUGAUUUUUAGUUCUAAUGAUAUUUUAUCGCCAUCUCAAUUGAGAAAACUAACGGAGCACAGAUAUAGUUCGUCUGGCUCUACUAUUCUCGAUCCUCUCGUCCAGUUAUUUUGGAACUGGUUAGUAACCAAAUUACCGAUAUGGCUGUCACCGAAUCUGAUGACCAUAACUGGUCUGUUUGUCAACAUAUUUACGUCUUUAAUACUUAUAUUCUAUAGCCCCGAUGCCGUGCAAGAAGCACCAAGAUGGACAUUUGUCUUAUGUGCUUUAGGUAUGUUUAUCUAUCAGACAUUAGAUGCAUGUGAUGGUAAACAAGCAAGAAGAACUGGAACUAGUUCACCUCUAGGUGAAUUAUUUGAUCAUGGUUGUGAUUCAUUAUCUACAGUUUUUGUUUCACUUGGAGUAUGUAUAGCUACAGAAUUAGGUACUUAUCCAGCAUGGAUGUUCUUUCAGUGUUUUGCUGCAAUGACAUUAUUUUAUUGUGCCCAUUGGCAAACCUAUGUAUCAGGAACAUUACAUUUUGGAAAGUUUGAUGUCACAGAAGUACAGUUUACCAUUAUAAUUAUACUUCUUGUUUCUGCAAUAUUAGGACCAGGAGUUUGGUCAACAAGAAUACCUUUUUUUUAUAUAGAACUGAAAUUGUUGCCUGUUAUUAUUGGUGCAUCUGCUGCAUCAUUUUCUCUCUGUGGAUAUUUCACAGUAAUUUUUACAGGUGGAGCUGGAAAAAAUGGAUCUACAGUAGCAGGUACAAGUGUUCUUUCUCCUUUCAUCCCCGUUGGAUUAGUAGUAAUUCCAGCAUUCAUUAUAUAUCAAAAAUCUGUAAGAAAUAUUUAUGAAAAUCAUCCUUGUCUUUAUAUAUUAGCUUUUGGAAUAGUUUCAGCCAAAGUCACUAAUCGAUUAGUAGUUGCUCAUAUGACAAAAAGUGUAAUGGAAUAUUUUGAUUCUAUAUUAAUUGGUCCAGGAAUGCUCUUCCUAAAUCAGUAUUUUAAUACUUUUAUCAACGAAUAUAUUGUUUUAUGGUUAUGCUUGGUGUAUUCGCUUGCUGAUUUACUUCAUUAUUGCAUUAUUGUUUGCAAUCAGAUUUGCUCUCAUCUGCAUAUAAAAAUGUUCCAAAUAUCCCCAAGACUUAUUGCAGAUUAAAGAAAUUUUAUGAUCCCUCUGUCAGGGAUGCAGAAUAUGUCCAAUUGCACAAACAUGGUUCAGAGGAAAUCAAAGCAGUCCCAGGAAAAUUUGUGGUAAAAAAAGAAAAUAUAAUUGUGGUAAUUGCUGAAAAAAUGCUAACAUAAAAUAGAGUAGUGUCUCAGUUGUCUCAGUUAAGACUGCAGGCAUCAAAUAUAAAUUUUGAGUUUUAAAUGCAAAAAUUGGAAUGUUGUUUACUUUUUAUGAACAGUUCAGUCACUUGUUAAUUGCUGCCUACUUACAGGGUUAUGUAUUGUACUUUCAAUAAGGAUGAGUAGGUCUUGCUUAAUUGUAAAACUGGUUUUGAUUUUUAUGAAAAACCAAAACAUGGCUUUAAAAACAUCAGAAAAAGAAAUUUCAUUUUAAUUUCAAAACUCUCUAUUUGAUUCUAUUUAAUAGGUAAAAUUUCAUCUUGGUUCAAAAUGAAAUAUUCACUCAUUUCCUGCUUGGAAAAUUUACAAAUUAAUGAACUGCAUUUAAAACCGUUUCCAAAUUGUCUUGAUUUAAUACCUAAGUAGAAAUUUUAUCAUCAUUUUAUAAACAGUAUUUUCCUGUUUUUUUCAGAUAUAUUUUAACACUAAUAUUUUUUAUUUUACAAUAAAUUUAAAACAACAUAAAAAUAUGGUAGUGUUUUCAAAACUUAAAAAAUAUAAUAAUAAUGAAAAUGUCAGUCAAAGACUCCAUGUCAGUCAAAAACUCUAAAGAGUUUUUGACUGACAUGGAUGCUUCCAUCAUAACUAACGUAAUAUUAAUCUACCGAUUACUGGAGAUAAAAUCUAUUCCUGCCAAUACUUAAUGCAGCUCAUGCUUCAUCUAUGUUGAGUUUACCUCUUGUAAGGUGUCCCAUCAAUGGUUACUUUGCACAAUGAAAUAUGACAAAAGUCCACUUUUCAUUUGGGUAACCCUUAUAGUUAUCUUAACAAAGUAAUUUACUUUUCAUAGUUGUUCAUUUAUAAAUUCUUAUAUAAUAAAACUGAAAAUAUUUCUUAAUAAAAUCAAUUAUUCAUUUACUUACAUGUUCUGACUUUAAUUAUUUUUCACAUUAAAAAAUACAUUCCAGAA